AUGGAAGCUUCCUCCUCCGCGAGCGCUGCGGCCUUGGCCGAGGGCAAGACGAAGCUCAUCCUGCCCACCUCCGACCCGCGCCAGGUGCUGGUCCUCUCCAAGGACUCCAUCACCGCUGGCAAUGGCCUCAAGAGGGACGUGAUCGAGGGCAAGGGGCGGCUGUCCAACGAGACGACGUGCGGGGUGUUCCGGCUGCUCCAGCUCAGCGGCCUCCCCACCCAUUUCCUCGGCCAGGAGGGUCCCGACAGCUUCCGGGCGCUGAGCUGCCGCAUGGUGCCCGUGGAGGUGAUCGUGCGCAGACUUGCCACGGGCUCCUUCCUCAAGACCCACCCGCAGUACAAGGAGGGCGAUGUCCUGUUCCCGCUGGUGGUGGAGUUCACCAUGAAGAGCGACGAGCAGGGCGACCCCUUGAUCACCGAGGAGGAGAUGGUGGCCAACGGCGUGGCCGAUUGGGCGCGCGUCGAGACGAUGAAGAGCUUGGCCCGCCGCGCCUUCCUCAUCCUCGAGAAGGCCUGGAAGCGCCUCAACGUCACCCUCGUCGACUUCAAGGUGGAGUUUGGUGUGUCGCAAGCCGGCGAUCUGGUGCUGGCUGACGUCAUCGACAACGACUCGUGGCGGCUGUGGCCCAAUGGCGAGAAGCGCCUCAUGAAGGACAAGCAGGUCUACCGCAACAUGCCCAUCCCUGGACCCGGGCAAGCGACAGCGGAGCAGAAGCGCGUGGUGCUGGACAACUACGCGUGGGUGGCCGAGGGCGCGCGGAAGCUGAUCGAUUCGAUCGCCAGCGCGCAACCCAAGAGCGGGCCGCUGGUGGGGGUGAUCAUGGGCAGCCAGUCGGACUGGGCCACCAUGCAGCACGCCACUGGCCUGCUCGAGGAGCUGGGCGUGGCCUACGAGACCAAGAUCGUGUCGGCCCACCGCACCCCCGCCCGCCUCUGCGCCUACGCCCGCUCGGCCAAGCAGCGCGGCCUCAAGGUCAUCAUCGCCGGCGCCGGCGGCGCGGCGCAUCUGCCGGGCAUGACCGCUUCCAUGACGCCGCUGCCCGUGUUGGGCGUGCCCGUCAAGACCAGUACGUUGAGUGGGCAGGACAGCCUGCUGUCGAUCGUGCAGAUGCCGCGCGGCAUUCCCGUCGGCACUCUCGCCAUCGGUGACGCUGGAGCGGCCAACGCCGCCAUCCUGGCCGCCUCCAUCCUCGCUGCUCACCCCGAGUACGCCGACGUUGCGCAGGCGCUCGACCAUUUCCGCAGCAAGCAGACCCUUGCCGUGGCCGAAGAGCCCACCACUACCACCACCACCGCCAGCAGCAGCAGCAGCCCCGCCGAGACGCCCGCCGCUCUGGCCAAGCUGGCGGCCCCCAAGCUCGCCGCUCAGCCCGGCCCUGCCUUCCUCCCGCCCGGAUCGGUGAUCGGCGUGGUGGGCGGAGGCCAGCUGGCGCGCAUGAUCGGCACGGCCGCGGCCUGCCUGGGCUACCGCAUGCACGUGUUUUGCCCCGACGCCGACUCCCCCGCCUUCCACGUGGCCGAUGAAGUCACGGUGGCGGACUACCUCGACUUGACGGCGCUGGACAGCUUCGCCUCGGCUGUGGGCGUGGUGACGUACGAGUUCGAGAACGUGCCCCUGGAGUGCGUACAGCACCUGGCCACGUGGCGCCCCACGUGCCAGCACCGCUUCCGCGAGAAGACCUUCGUCAACGACGUGUGCGGCGCCGGCACGACGACGGCGUUCGCCAGGGCGAGCAGCCUCGAGGAACUGAGGCAGGCCGUGGAGCAGGUGGGCCUGCCCGCCGUGCUCAAGACCACCCAGGGCGGCUACGAUGGCAAGGGCCAGGUCAAGAUCGCGGCCCCGGAGGACGUCGAGAAGGCCUGGGCUGCGGUGGGCGGCGGGUCGGUGGAGUGCGUGGUGGAGGCCUGGGUCGAGUUCGAGUGCGAGCUGUCGGUGAUCGUCGCGCGCCGCAGCCUUCCGUCGGGCGCGUCGGCGGAGGGCGCCGUGGAGCUGUUCCCCGUGGCCCAGAACGAGCACGAGCACCACAUCCUGCGCCGCUCGACCAUCCCGCCCCCGGCGCCCCUCUCCGACGGCGUGCGCCAGCAGAUCCACCACAUCGCUACCUCCCUCGCCACCGCCCUCGAUCUCUCCGGGCUGGUGUGCAUCGAAAUGUUCCUGGUUAACAAGGACGGCCAGCAAAAGAUCCUCGUCAAUGAGCUGGCGCCGCGUCCACACAACUCAGGCCACUGGACGAUCGAGGGCUGCACCACGAGCCAGUUCGAGCAGCUGGUGCGUGCCAUCUGCGGGCUGCCACUGGCGCAGACGCGCGUGGUGCCGGGCGUGGACAAGGUGGUGAUGACCAAUCUGAUCGGGCACGAGGCCGACGACGCGCUCGCCCUCCUCGCCACCAACCCCAACGCCCACCUCCACCUCUACGGCAAGCGCCUCCCGCGUGCCGGCCGCAAGAUGGGCCACGUCACCACCCUCCACUACUCUUCCUAA